GCGCUUGCCUUACGUAAAACGACGCGAUGUCGUAGUGAGACGAAACCUGGGCGUGUCGAAUUACGUCGCGUUAUGGUCAUUUAUUCUAAUACGACGAGUAUAAUUGUUUAAUCUAUUUAGCCAACUGUAAUAUCAAUAACUCAUCGACUAUAUGCUAUGAUUGUAGAUUAAAUGUAAAUAUAAUAUUAUUAAUCGAAGUACAAAGUUGUGGCUUUGUCUCUCAUUCAACUGCUCUCUAUUCAAAGUCCCCCCCCUACUGGAGAUAUGACGGUACUGCUAGCUUUGCUGCAGCACUUCCUGAAGUACACAAUUAUUAGGAUUGCAUUUUGAUUCUCGAAGUAUAUGUAUUAGGAGAGGACGCAGGCAUGGAGGACAUUCACACCAAAGGCAUCUGGAUGGCUGAAAGUCUCCAGCAGAGGACAAUGAGUCAAGAAAAAAUGUGGCUGGUUAUCACUCAUAUUGGAGAUCCCAAAGCAGCCUUUCUGCUCGUCUUUCCUUUCACAUAUUUCUUCAGCAAACGAGCUGGAGUAGCGGUGCUGUGGGUAGCAGCUAUAUCGGAGUGGUUAAACUUGGUGUUUAAAUGGAUGCUGUUUGGAGAAAGGCCAUUCUGGUGGAUAGGUGAAUCACGUCUGUUCAUCAACAAGCAACCCAACGUUCAGCAGUUUUCUUCCACCUGUGAAACAGGCCCAGGGAGUCCGUCGGGACAUGCAAUGGUGACGGCAGCAGUCUGGUGGGUCGUGGUGUCCUCACUGGGGUCAUUCCUAUACUCACGUACUCACAGUGUGGCGUUAUCAGCUGCUCCAUACCUGCUGUAUGUGGUGAUGCUGGUGGCAGUUGGAAUCUCCAGGAUCUUCAUCCUCGCCCACUUCCCUCACCAGGUCAUCGUUGGCUCCAUCACAGGUUUCAUUCUGGGGAUUGUCCUGAGCGGCAGAGUACCAGAAGGGCGCCCCCUGCUGUUCUUCUUUAGCUUCAGCAUCGCUCUACUGCUCAGUACUCUGCUGCUUCAUGCUGGACUGGAGCAGCUGGGAGUCGACGUCUCCUGGUCCAUUGCUUUAGCUAAGAAAUGGUGCAGCCGUCCGGAGUGGAUUCGUUUGGAUACAGCCCCGUUCUCCUCUCUGACUCGAGACUGUGGGGCCCUCCUGGGUUUGGGGCUGGCCCAGUACUGGAAGCCUGGCGGAUGGUCUCUGCCUUGGGCUCCACGGGCUUUAUCUCUGGCCAUUUCAUCCAUGGGACUGUAUCACGUCAAUCGUCUGCCACUCCCGGUCCAACCACCAGGCCUCUUCUAUGGCCUGUUCUUUGUCAAAUUCGUCAUAGUGCCUCAGAUUGUCAUUGUGCUUGUGCCUGGCCUGGUUUACCUGUUCACACACAAAAAGAAGGACUAGAAACUAUUUUCUGUCUUUCACACCUCCACGAACAUUUCCUUCUGGGUUUCUGUAAGCACUCUUAAUGUCUAUUUGAUGUUUUCACGAGUGUGCAAAGGCUGGAGUUAUAGUUCUCUUACAAUUCAACGGGCAAGGGUCUUAAGUUAGUGACUUAACUAUUUGUUUAUAGAGAGUUUAUGGAAAUAUAUCAGAUUCUUAAUUUACCCUUACAUUUACAGUAAAUCUAUAUACAGCAGUAAUAAGGGUUAAUACUACAGUAUGGUGGGAAAAUCGGUUUUUUCGGUGAAAGAAAUGAAAGUUUUCAGGUAUUGUGCAUCAAACAAAUGAUACAUGACUUGAAAACCCUGUCGGGCAGGGUCUAUCCUUUGAAUGGUACCAGAGAAAGGCUGUAGACAAAGCAUCUGGUCCAUCAUAUGUACUCACACAUUUUCAGCCCUCAGAUUCAUCAGGUAGAAGAUCGGGUGAAUCAGUAAACUCAAAAGUCAAAAAGGUCUGAGGAAUUAUUGUUCAUAAAGAGAGUACAACAGUCAAGAGUUUUUGAUCCUUACAAUCAUGGUUAACGUUACCCAAAGAAAGGUCAAAAGAGCCCUCCACCGAUGUAGCAAUGCACUCCUAUAACGGUGGACGGUUAAUAAUAUAAAUACAGCAGAAUGAGAAGUAUCCUUUUUUAUUCCACACAUCCUUCUUCCCUGUCAAAACCUGGUGCCUAUAUUACCCACAAUGCAAUCCAACCACCAACCAUUCGGUUCAGAGUUUCAGGUGUGCGAUGCCGCGACCCUGCAGCAGCGAUGAUGUAGUGAUAUCACUUAUCAGAUUUCGUGCAGAGCCAAAACCUGUAAACAGACUUUAAUGUGUAAAAUGGGCAGACAUAAGAUUUAAAAAAUUAACAACCUUAGCAUUAAAUAACAUUUAAAAUAAAGCCCAUCUUUGGGUCAAACUUAUGGGUCAUACUUUGGUUAAAAGAUGUAUGACAAUGUAAAUGACACAAACACUAACAGUAUAAUGAAAUCCAAUGAAACACUAUUCAGUUAAACAUUAAUCGCUUUACAUAUGCAGUAUUCUGGAGCUGUAUUGAAUUGCAUCACUUUGUACAGAAGCAUGUUACUGUCGACACACUGCUGUUAUGUGUUGUUUUGUCUACCAAAAUCGUCCAAAUGAUAAAUGUAUGUUAUAUACAAAUAUUCAGUAAAAUAAACGACGGACAUGCA